AUGGGCCAAGAGAAAGCUUGGGCAACUGACUACAUUGAUAUUGGUGGUGGCAGCGGGGCAAAAAAUUCCAAAACAAAACACGCAGAAAUGGAAGCUGGCGAUGAUGAGAAAAAUAGCGGUGGUUGUAGUGGUGGUGGUGAUGCUUUUAUUGAUUGCGCGAGUGGAUCGUCUGCAUUACAUUUGCCAACUUCGGAAAGAACACCCCCUCCCUUCUUGAGGAAGGUCUUUGAAAUGGUGGAGGAUCCAGAAACAGACUCAAUCAUAGCAUGGAGUUCCACUCGCACCAGCUUUAUCAUUUGGGACACCAACAGAUUGUCCAUAGAAAUCCUCCCCACAUACUUCAAGCGCA